UUCCAGUAGGUACUGAUGAUGGUUGUGGCUGGUUUAGAUAUUUGACUACCUUAAUGCCUCAGCUCUUGGUCUAUGCUUUCUUCUGGAGUACAUGCUUUAAGGUCAGGUCAUAACAAGUGAAAUUUUUUAUCUAUGAUGAGAGGAAAAAAAAUCUGCACCUCCAUAAUUACAAGGUAAGGCGAAUAAGCGAAACUGCUUUAUUUUACGAACGUGACCUGACCAAUUGGCGUAUUCUGAAGUUAUUGAAUGGCGUCGAUUGCAGCUAUCCGUAUUUUUAAACAAAGUUUGUUGUGGGGCAAGAGUGCAAGUCGACUAACUGUAUUGAAGUCAAUGCCAGCACCUCAGCUGAGCCAGAGGCUCCAUUUGAUAAGACGAUGGGCAAACCCCGCCGUCCGUCAGAAAUCUGCAGUCCCAUGGCUCAAGCAGAUGCGCCAAUACAGCGAAAAACCACCACUAACAGUUAAAUUCAUUCAAGAUCGAGUCCUCUUAGUGCUUAAACUGUAUGAUAAAGUAGAUGCAUCUAAGCUUACGCUGGACUCUCACUUCGUUAAUGAUUUGGGUUUGGAUUCUUUAGACCAUGUCGAAGUUAUAAUGGCUAUGGAGGAUGAAUUUGGCUUUGAGAUACCAGACAUGGAUGCUGAAAGACUUACAACACCAGGAGCAAUAGCACGUUACGUUGCAGAUAGAGAAGACAUUUAUGAAUAAUUAUUUUAAUAUUUUUAAUAUAAUUUGACUUAGUCCUGGUCAAUUUGCUUAAAAAAAUAAUCCAUGUACAUGAUGUCUCCAUCAGAAUCGUUAUUAUGUAAAAAAUCAAAAUCUUUCUGCAUAAA